AUGGGUUGUGGGAAAUCCAAACAUGAUGUUGUUUCAGGAAACACCGUCCUCCAGAGCAAGAAAUCCAGUGUCAACACCAAGGUUGGCGAGGAAAAUGGAACAGAAACCAAAGACAAAAACAACAACAACAACAACAAUGCUGAGAAUGUAAGUUCAGGGGUGGAAGUGGAACAGAAGGAAAGUGAAAAUGUUAAAGAGUUUGUUGUUGAAGGUAAGGAUGAUGAAGGUGUUAAAGGCGAAGCUGAGAAAACAAAUGUGGAAGAAGAAAAGGAAGCUGGUGAUGAAGCAGAGGGAAAGACACAGGAAACAAUUGCUGUAGAGGGAAUGUCUGAGAAGUCUGAAGGUGGCAAAGAUGAUUCAUUGAAAGAGAAUGAUCAGAAAGUCUUUGAUGGUGCUGCAGAAGAAAAAAAACCAGCAGAAAAUGAAAAAGAGGAAGUCAUUGUAAAGGAAGAGAGUUUGGCCAAUGAAGAAGAGGAGAAAAUAAAAGGCACAAAUGUUUCAACCUCUAAAGGUGAAGAAAAGGAUUUGAAAGCUGAGGAGGGAAAAUAG